AUGAAAACUCCAUCUAUGAUAAAGAAGUCAGACAUUUUCCUACGACAGAGCUCCGAAACACGAACAAGACGAUCAGAGUCUACCUUUCGGCCUCUCGGUGUGAUUCAUCCUACUCCUCUUGAGCCGAAAGUGCAACCUGCCCUAUCAGCUGACGGGCUUCGAGAACGGCUCAGUCGCAUGUUCGAUGAGAAUGUAAAGCCUAAGAGAAGACAAUCUACUGAUUUUGCAGGUGCAGUACAGGCGAGUUUGCAAACUCAGGGAGACGCAGCAAAAGACCGUAGCAGUGAAGUCUUCAGCCAUCGUUCAGGUGCGGCGAGCAUUCAUAGUUUGCCCUUGAGAGAUGUGCCGGUUAGGAACUCCUCACUUCCCGACUCCACGCAAGCGAGUUUGCAAGACUUUCCAUCAUGGAAAUUGCCCCCUGCAGCAGCUGCUGGUCGAGCUAUACCUCCUCGAGGAAGGGCUGACUCUCCAAUCAAAAGAUUCAUUGCGAAAGACUUUGUUUCAUCUGACACGGCUCGACCAAUACAAUCCCGUACCUUCAUCCGUCCUAGUCCUCCACUCAAGCUGCUCGAGCAUGGCAGUAUCAACCAUCGACGAAUACAACUGUCAACACAAUUGAAAGCUCCGUUAUUCGUUGGUGGAGGAACUAUUGAAGGCGAGGUCAGGCUGACCAUCAACCAAGACAAUACCAGAGACCGAUCGCGACCUCUGCUGAUCUCGAAGUUGUCUGUGGAUGUCGUUGGCCUAGAAGAAGUCUUCCUGGCUCUUGCGUCCAAGCUCUUUCACGAAAAACAUCCACCUCCACCAGCGAUCGCAAGCCAAGAAGCAGAAAGAGGGCCUGAGCUGUUCUGGAAAACCAAGCCAGGUGUCGCAUCAGUUCCAUUCUGCAUUGAUCUGCCUUUGAACCUCGGUCCGCCACCAUAUCAAUCAAAGAGCGCAACUAUCCGAUAUGCACUGCUUCCCACACUUGUCGUGAAGAGUGACGGGAGUAGAGGAGUCGUUAGCCAAGUGUGUAACAUCCAGAUGUUAACAGUCUUCGAUCCUUGCAAGGCUCUCGCCAGUCUACCAAGCCCUCUGGUCGCGACUGAGACGCUGAGCCUACCCUAUUUGCCUGGUCCACAGUCAAUUGCACUGACAGCAGGAUUGCAUCGGCAGAUAUGGGUUAGUGGCAACUCAGUAUUUGUGGACAUCCACAUCAUUAACAAGUCUCAACGCACACUCAGAAAGCUCGAACUCCAGCUUCAAAGGUCGACACUGUGGUACACCCACGCAGCUGCCGAAACAGGAGCGAAGAACGCAAACCAUCUUCGAGUUCCAAGAAAGCAGGAAAACGACAUAGUAAAUUCAACUGUGGUCAAGAAAGCGAAGCAAUGGAAUGGCACUCCGCCACAUACUUCUGAAGUCAGGACCUGUCACAUUCAGGUUCCUCAUGGACAUGUCACAAUCAGCACGGGACGAUUUUUCGAGGUCAGAUACUUUCUGAACGUGAUUGUGACUGUAGCCAUGUUCAAGACAAUCACGGUGCAACUACCAAUCACUUUGAUUCACAUGAACUCUUUGGAUGUCAUGCCAAACGCGCUUGCUCAGGUGGCUGCCUCGAUCGAAGCCAAACGAUCCAAGACAUUACCAACCGAUCCCAACCAUCCUUUGUAUCGGCCUUAUUAUCAAGGACAAGCUUUCGUGGCUCCACGAAAACGAAGCCUUGAGCAGACACAAGGUGCCCACAGCCGCUGUCAGAGCACAGCAAGUGCUAGGUUGGAAGAGUUGAAACGUGAACUCGACAAAUCUCCUCGAAAAUAUCAAUUUCACCAUCAGUGCAGCAAGUCGGAGACCUUCAAGGACCUGCUAGCUUCUUCAAGUGCUGAGCAUAGUAAUUAUUGCUUCCACAGCCAUGACUCAGAUUGCUACCACUGCCACCUGAUAGACUUGGAGCACAACAAACGUCCCUCAACCUCGAAUUCGCAGACUGGACCCAAACUGCCACGACUACAGGUGUCCACCUCUGGUCUAGGCUUCACAGAGACAGAGCUCUCAGAUUUCACAAUCGACAAUUCUCCACCAAAAAAGGUAAUGCUCAGUGAGCAGGAGCGUAAGAUGAUUCACCAGCAAAGAGAGCUGCAGCAGCGAAGCGAGUGGACUGGAAAGCAGAAUGAUACAUGUCAAGCAGCGUCAAGACUGCCGUCUCGACGUGGACGAAGCAAAGCAGCGAUAGUGCCUAACGCCUCAGCCUUGCUUGACGUACAGAUUCGUCGUGCUGAGCCGCAUGUGAUUGAAUCGAGGGUUAAUACCAAGCAACGCAGUAUGACAAUCGAGUCGCCGUUGCGACCAAGCGCCAACUCAAAUGCUCAAGGAAAUCGAGCUAGCACCAGAAGAAGAGCCAAUACAGGUCCACAACUAUUCACGUCGUUCGCUCAAGCACCGGAUCAUGGGACAACGGACGUCAAGCCUGUACAAGAUGCGCGACAGCUGGAGAGGAUGUCGAGCAAGCGGAGAGGAAAACUGCCUGCUGAUGACUUUGUGUUCUCGCAAGAACAACCGACAGAGGCGAAAACGAGUGCAAGACCACACUCGCGAAGGAGACAGGUACAAAAGCGGGAAGUUGAAGAUCGGCUGAUGAGGUGA